UUCAGUCACUCCAACCGGUUACUGUCAGUUCGUUUGAAGAUUCUCAUAUUCAAUCUGAAAACAAAGUGUAUCAUCAACUCAAUUCUAUAUCCCCAAACCAUUAUAAUCUUCUAGAAGAACCUAAAUUUUAUCACGAGAUGUCACCUGUUUCUGUAACUUCCAGUUUACCAAAAGAGGGUUAUGAUUCAAAAGAGUACGAGUAUUUGAUUCCUACAACUGUUGUUGAAAAUCCUUCAAACUUUUGUAAAACUUUCCAAGAGUUAAAACCACUCAAACAGCACCGUAAUGAAAAUCCUAAAUUUGCCACUUCAAAAUUGUAUCAGCAACUUUGUCAGCCUUUGAACAAGGAAGAGAAUAGGAAUCAAGAGACGGAAAAAGCUGAACUAAGGCCAUUAACUGUGAUUGAACUUGAGCAAUCCAAUAGAAACAAGACUAUUCAAAAUACCCAGCAACAAUAUUCAAAUAUUCUAGGUGUAAAUCAGUCAAAACCAACUUAUCCUUCAUCGCCAAUUAGAACAGAGCAAACUUAUUCUUCAUCGCCAAUUAGAACUGAGCAAACUUACCCUUCAUCGCCAAUUAGAACUGAGCAAACUUAUUCUUCAUCGUCAAUUAGAACUGAGCAAACUUAUUCUUCAUCACCAAUUAGAAGUGAGCAAACUUAUUCUUCAUCGCCAAUUAGAAGUGAGCAAACUUAUUCUUCAUCGCCAAUUAGAACUGAGCAAACUUAUUCUUCAUCGCCAAUUAGAACUGAGCAAACUUAUUCUUCAUCGUCAAUUAGAACUGAGCAAACUUAUUCUUCAUCACCAAUUAGAAGUGAGCAAACUUAUUCUUCAUCGCCAAUUAGAAGUGAGCAAACUUAUUCUUCAUCGCCAAUUAGAACUGAGCAAACUUAUGCUUCAUCGCCAAUUAGAACUGAGCAAACUUAUUCUUCAUCGCCAAUUAGAAGUGAGCAAACUUAUUCUUCAUCGCCAAUUAGAACUGAGCAAACUUAUGCUUCAUCGCCAAUUAGAACUGAGCAAACUUAUUCUUCAUCGCCAAUUAGAACUGAAUACAACAAAUUUCAAAGUCCUACGAGAGAAACAGUAAUCAGCAAAGCUGAUUCAAAACUUAGUGUGCUAUCAAGUCAAGCCAAAAUCACCCCACACACUCCCUACUUCCAGAUCGGGUCCAGCAGCAGAUCCCAAACUGGUUUUAAAGAAGGUAAAAUAUAUCUGGAAUUGAGAAAUCCAACAAUCAGAUCUGAGAUAUUAAAGUCUUCAGCACAACAUGCUCACCAACCCAUCACUCCUCCCAAAAAUAAAAAUAAGAAUCUUCCUUCAACACUUCCAACUAGUUUUCAAGUUUCACCUAAAUCGCAAAAACUUCCUGAAUUCAAAUUACCAGGGCCUUAUGAAUUUAAGCUGCCACAACAAAUAUCCCCUAAUAAGAUCAAAUUGCCCAAAAUUUUAGGUCAUAACGAGUACACAAGUUAUGAAAGUAAUCGAGAUCCAUAUUUUGGAAACAAGAUGACAUCAACCUCUCUGUUGACUCCCCCCUCUACACCUAUCAAUAAAAACACUUCCUUCAACGGGCCAAGGAACAAAGUUGCGCUGUCCCUUCCAAAAACUCCUCUCUGUUAUGGUGAUCCAGGAGUUAACAGUAAAGUAAGUCAGUACUCGGGUAGUACUGCUUUUGUCAAUAGCAAGUCAGAGCAAACAGUCGUCCAGCCAACAUCAUCCUUAGACCAAAAAAGUUUGACUUCUAAUGAUAAGACCCCGCCAAUGAGUAGUCACUCAAAAUUGCUAGAAGAGUUGCUAAAACCUAAGUUGAGUGUUAACAAGUCAAGUGACAGUCACCAAGAAUGUCAAAACCCAAAUUCAUCUUUAGACAAUAGAGAUUCACAAAUAGGUAGUACUCAAAGUCAAGAUGGUAAAAUGAUUCAGGAUACUUCCAAAGUUGCACAAAAUGUCAAACAUCGUAGUGAUUUUAGUUCUCCUUCAAAGGCCAAUCCCCAGAAACCUUUUAACCAGAAUGAUCAGUCAAAAUUAAGUCCAACUGAUACUAAAACAUGCAGUGUCUUUGUUGGAAGGCCUAACCAGAGUAAAGACUUUAAAGUUACACUUUCAAAAGCUACAACAGUCCAUGCCCAUGAAGCUUUAGAUAGGUUAGAAAACGCUGAUUUAGGAACAAAUGAUUCUUCAAAGCUACCAGGAACGGAAAUAAAACAAACAGAGAAUCAAGCUUCUUUGGAAACGAAUUGUACAUCUAAACCAACGGUUUUCAUAAACUUAUCCGCAGAAACUUUUAAUACUGCUAAAAUGUCUGACCAAAAUAACCAAAGUCAAUAUUUUGAAUCAUCAAAGUCUGUAGAAACUAUUAAUACUGAUAAAAUGUCUAACCGAUGUAACCAAAGUCAAUCUCUUGAAUCAUCAGAAGUAGCCAGUGUUACAACAUCUUAUAAAGAUUCUAUGUCAGUAUGCACCAAUCAGUUAACGUGUAAGCCACAAGUAAAUGUAGAUAACACCAAUGAUUUGGAUAUCGUCAAACAAAAGUUGUCCAAACAUGUUACCAUAAGUGUUUCUUCAAACUCCCAAAGUUUAACUGAAGUAAAUAAAAAACCACAAAGUUUAGGCACUUCUAAUAUAACUCAAGCAACCUUAUCAAAUCAGUCUGAUCAAGUUAUUCCAUCAGAUAAAAUCAAUAUGGAAGGCUUGGGUAGUCGAUUGUCUGGAAACUUAAGCAUCAUAUCAAGGCAAUCAGUUGAAAAUAUGUCUGCAAGAAAGGUUAGCUCCGCACCAACAGCUCAAGUUGAACGAAUCUGCAGUGUAAGCUCUGAACCCAAUAAUGUAAAACUUAACACUACCAAUGAGAAGGGUAGGAGCUUAAGUAUUUUGGCUGAUUUAAAAGUACCAAUGAACACAAAUGUCAGCACACAAGCAACUCCAGUCUUAAUAGGUAGAAGUUGUAGUGUUGUUAUGGAGGAUGUUCUCCAUGGUAAGAAAAUCAGUCGUUUAGUGGAUGGGAGUGUUGUUAAAUCGUUAGAAGGGAAAGCAUCAAAGAAUUCAUCCAAUGAUGUCAUAUCAGAAAAAAAUCUAGAUCAAUCAUUAGAUGCAAGCAAUAUAUCCUACCGGAUUGAGGAGCCAACGUCUCUAGAAAUAAAGGAAAGAGCUAAUGACAACCCAGAAGAGAAACCAAGAAAAAAAUAUGCAAGGCGAAUUUACCCAGAGAGCGGGAGAAGAAAGCUUAUUGGAAGGAAAGCAUCUUGGGGAUUAAAAGAGUUAAUCAGGCUUGAGAAAAGGAGGUACAAAAAAAGAAAAGUUAAAAAUCUUGAUUUGAUCGAAGGAUCAAAUGAAUCUUUGAAUGAUUCAAAAAACUAUUCUGAUGAAGAUUCAUCAAAAAACAAUUCAAAGCAUACAGCUCAGUUCGACAAAUUUGUUCCACAGAAUAAGAACGUUUCAAGUAUAAAGAGGUUGAAGAAGGAUGCUUACUAUAAAGUGGGAAAAAGGAAGUACAUCAAGAAAGGAGCAGUAGCAGGAAUAGGAUGGAUUGAUAAACAAUACAAACCAAGGAAGGAAUACAAAUUGGUUGACCCUUUAGCAGAAGAACUGAUUUCCGAUGAUGAGGGCGAAGCUGUUUUUCUGGGAUUUGAUGUAGAUGAUGACGGAGAAAUGAUCCUAGGAUUUGCAUCAGACAAUGAUGAUGAAUAUGAUAUGUCUGGAGUGCCAGAGCCUAAUCAUCGGUCUGUUCAGUCCGGCCCUCUCUCUAGGUUGAACACUGUUUCUCGUCUCAAACUCAUGUUCAAGUGUCCCAAAUGUUCCCGGAUUUUCACUUCACAGUUGCAGUAUAAGAGACACUUUAAGCGGUUCCAUCUGGGUGGUAAAAUCUUCAGAUGCAACAAAUGUUGGAAAAAGUUUUCAUCCAAAGCCUACUUAGUGAAACAUGUGUGCAAACCGGAAGAGGAAAAUGUUUCUGGUAAAAAGUAUAAAUGUAAUACUUGUACAAAAGGUUUUGAAAGCAGAAGAGGUUUGAUGACACAUGAGGGAAGUCACAAGGAAAAAGAAGAAAUGGAUAGUAUUUCUGUUAAAUGUUAUGAAUGUGAUAAAUGUCAACUUGUGUUCGAUUCCAUACAUGGGUUAUAUAUACAUGAAGGUCGUGCUCAUAAGGGAAUACGAGUAGAAGAAAAAGCUUAUAGGUUGAUGCCAAAUAGGCCUUCUGGCAAAAUUUAUAGAUGUAAUAAAUGUGGAAGACGUUUUAAAUCCAUGAGAGCAAUAAAGCUGCAUCUAGUGUUUGCUCAUGCUCAUAAGGGGAAAAAGUGUAAUCAAUGUGAAAAAGUAUUCACAUCUGAACACGCAUUAAAAGUACACAUAUGUAAAACGAGAAACACCCACGAGGAAAAAGCAGAAACGCCUCUUGAGUUUGUACCUGACCAAGUCUCUGGUAAGAGUUUUGAAUUUAAUGAAUUUCAUAAGGAAAACGAGUGUAAUCAUUGUCAAAAAGUAUUCAAAUCUGAACACGCCUUAAAGGUACACAAAGGUAAAAUGAAGGAAACCCACAAGGAAAAAGAAGAAAUACCUUUUGAGUUUGUACCUGACCAAGUCUCUGGUAAGAGUUUUGAAUUUAAUGAAUUUCAUAAGGAAAACGAGUGUAAUCAUUGUCAAAAAGUAUUCAAAUCUGAACACGCCUUAAAGGUACACAAAGGUAAAAUGAAGGAAACCCACAAGGAAAAAGAAGAAAUACCUUUUGAGUUUGUACCUGACCAAGUCUCUGAUAAGAGUUUUGAAUUUAAUGAAUUUCAUAAGGAAAACGAGUGUAAUCAUUGUCAAAAAGUAUUCAAAUCUGAACACGCCUUAAAGGUACACAAAGGUAAAAUGAAGGAAACCCACAAGGAAAAAGAAGAAAUACCUUUUGAGUCUAUACCUGACCAAGUCUCUGAUAAGAGUUUUGAAUUUAAUGAAUUUCGUAAGGAAAACGAGUGUAAUCAUUGUCAAAAAGUAUUCAAAUCUGAACACGCCUUAAAGGUGCACAAAGGUAAAAUGAAGGAAACCCACAAGGAAAAAGAAGAAAUACCUUUUGAGUUUAUACCUGACCAAGUCUCUGGUAAGAGUUUUGAAUUUAAUGAAUUUCAUAAGGAAAACGAGUGUAAUCAUUGUCAAAAAGUAUUCAAAUCUGAACACGCCUUAAAGGUACACAAAGGUAAAAUGAAGGAAACCCACAAGGAAAAAGAAGAAAUACCUUUUGAGUUUGUACCUGACCAACUCUCUGGUAAGAGUUUUGAAUUUAAUGAAUUUCAUAAGGAAAACGAGUGUAAUCAUUGUCAAAAAGUAUUCAAAUCUGAACACGCCUUAAAGGUACACAAAGGUAAAAUGAAGGAAACCCACAAGGAAAAAGAAGAAAUACCUUUUGAGUUUGUACCUGACCAAGUCUCUGGUAAGAGUUUUGAAUUUAAUGAAUUUCAUAAGGAAAACGAGUGUAAUCAUUGUCAAAAAGUAUUCAAAUCUGAACACGCCUUAAAGGUACACAAAGGUAAAAUGAGGAAAACCCACAAGGAAAAAGAAGAAACAUCUGUUGAGGUUGCACCUAACCAAGUCUUUGGUAAUAUUUGUGGAUUUAAUAAGUCUCAAAGAUUAUUGAAAUCCGAAUUGGUUGUAAAGAUACUCAAAGGUCAUGUCUACAAGGAGAAAAAACAUACCCCCUUUGAGUUGGUAUCAAAACAAGUCUCUGGCAAGAGUUAUGAGUUUGAUAAAUGUCAAAGAUCAUUGAAAUCCGAUUUGGCAGUGAAGUUGAAUGCAGAACAUUCUCAGGAGGAUGAAUUAGGAAUUCUGUCAAAGCAUAUGCCUAACCCUAUUUCUGGUAGGAAUUAUAAAUGUUAUAAAUGUAAAAAAAUGUUUAAAACAAGAAUAACAGCAAUCAUUCAUGCAGCUAGUGUCCAUAGUAAAAAGGUAGCUGGAAACAAACCACCUAUUAAAUAUACAGAUGAGAGUUACGAAUGUCCUUUAUGUUUUAAAAGGUAUCAGUCUAAAGGUUUUGCUAUGAUACACAUUAAAUAUGUCCACAAGGAGGAGAAAAGAGAAUUAGAUCUUAAGUGGCAAUCUGACAGAAGUACAAGAGAUACAUGUGGUGAAGACAAAGAGAAUUUGAAUGAUGUGACUAAAAUAGUCACUAUCACCACACAUAAUGGUGUCAAGAGGUACAAGUGUUCCAAAUGCAAUGCAGGUUUUCUAACCAAUUGUGUAGCAAGAAAACAUGUUAAGGUAUGCAUAAUGCAAAGUAAAAUAAAGGUGCAUUCAAAAAUGCCGAAUGAGACUUUUGACAAUCAAGAAGCUGUGGAUUUGGCUGCUAGAAAUGCAAAAGAAGAAGAUAGAAAUGGAGAAGAUAUUAAUUCAACGAAGGAUCCUCUCUACCUGGGGCAGGAAAUGAACAAUACUGGUAGCAUUAAUCAAGAACCAGAGAUAAAUAUUACUGUUGAAAACAGACAAUUGGAAAUUGAGUCAAGAUUCUCAUCACAACCCGAACUGCAAAAGAGUAAACACAAAAUUCAAGGUGAAACUUUGUAUCAAUGUGAAAAGUGCUUGAGGUCCUUUCAAAAAUUGGCUAAUCUCCAAAGGCACAAAUUGUGCCACAAAGAGGAAGACAUUAACAUGGCUUUCCCUUGUGCUUACUGCAAUGAAAAGUUUAGUUCUAGGGAUUCUCUCCAUGCACAUUGGUCUGUACACUCAGAGAAAAAACUGUACACCUGCGAUAUUUGUCAAAGCAAUUUUUCAGCUUUGAACUCUCUGAAAAGGCACAAAGUUUUACACUCGGGCGAAAAGCUUUUCCGCUGUGAAAUUUGUCAGAAAGCAUUUAGUUUGUUGAGCACCCUGAAAAUGCAUCUUUUAAUCCACACUGGAAUGAAGAAGUUUGAAUGCAAGAUCUGUGGAAAAACAUUCAACCGCAAAGAUGUUCUCAACACUCACCAACUUGUCCAUACGGACGAGAAGAAGUUUAAAUGUGAUAUUUGCCAGCAAACGUUCAGAUGGAGACACGCAGUCAAAUCACACAAACUAAUUUACCACUCGAAAGAAAAGCCCUAUGUUUGUCAAGAGUGUGGAAAAAGUUUCAGUCAUCCAGAUUCGUUCAAGAAACACGCUGAAGUACACGCAGACAGAGUGUUUAGUUGUCAGAUAUGUUCAAAGUCCUUCUCGAGAGCUAGCGCUCUCAGAGCACACACUCUAACUCACACAGAUCUGAAACCCUUCGUAUGUGAGAAAUGCCAUGAAAAAUUCCGCAGCAGGAACCAUCUGAGGAAUCAUCAAGCUGUUCACAGCCGAGAAAAGUCUUUCCUCUGUAAGUUUUGCAAUAAAACUUUCAAGAAUCGAAAACAACUUUGUAGACACAAACAAAAAGUCCACUUUCACACUUUUUCCCCCAAAACUGCACCUAGUUUACCAGUAGAUAGUGCAACGGUGUCUGAUGCCCAAGUUGACAAUCAUCAAGAUCAGACUGAAGAUGUCGACGACUCUGAUGUAUCCUACCAUUUUAUUUCUUUACCUGAUGAAAAUGUUCAUAACUUGCAAGAGAAUAUUGUACCACAGUCACUUUUCUAGCACGUACCUUUAAUGUGAUGAAUUUAUCA